AUGGCACCUCGUUUGAAGAAGGAUAGCCAGCCGGCGAAGCUCGUGUUUGAAUCUAAGGUCAAGAAAACGAGGGGCCCCAGAGCCGCCCCGAAGAAGAAGUUUACCGAAAAUGAAGUCUUCUUCUAUCAGGCCAUCAAGAAUGGCGGAACCAAGUUUGACUAUGCAGCCAUCGGCAACGCAAUUGGCAGAUCUAAAGACGCCACUCGCAUGAAGAUGAGUCGGCUGCUGAAGGAGAUUGGAGAGUUCAUGGAGGACCAGGAGGACUUGGUUCAAAAGGCUCAACCAAAGCACGAGGAGAACCCUGCAAACGCGGAGGAUGCCGAGAACGGCAGCCAGGACGAUAAAGAUGGCAGUCAGGCUGACGAUACUCCCGUUGACGCUAUCGACACAGAGGACAGCUAA